AGUCAUUAACUUUUGGUAAAGUACAUAUUCUUUGGAAUAUUUACUGUAAGAAACACUACCCUAGAGAGAAACACUUAGGUUAUUAACUCAGUAUAAAUAGUUAAAACACUUCCUACUACAUUUUAAAGCUUGGAGGUAUAGAGAGAUUAAGAAAUAGCCCCUGCUCUCAAGAAACUCUUGGUUUAGAUGGGAAGCAGUAAGGUAAGUACAGCGCACCAUUGGUCAGUACUGUAAUGGAAGCAAAGACUUCUUGGAAGACUUCAGCGUUUGAAGUGAGUUUUGGAGAAUAACUUUGCAGGUAAUUAUGUUGAAGAGGUGUAGAGGACGGGCAUUUCCAGAGAAAGAGCAGCAGGUGAAAACUCUAAGGGCUGAGAAGGAAGGGGCCACUUUUUAUGUUCCUUCUAUAUUAUGUGUUUAAUGGCAGAGGAUCUUUCAUAAGUUUUUAAUUCAGUUUAGAAGUAUGUAAUUUUGUAACAUAUCGUUUUUGCUGUUUACAGCGAGGCCUAACACUGCUUUUGCUUGCUGUAAGUGAAACAAAUUAUCAGAUGGUGAAGUAUUUUCUAACUGAAGGAGCAAACGUACAUGCUGUUAAUUGUUGUAAAAGUAUAAUAUGUCAGACUAAGGAAGAAAUGAAGAAAUCUUCAUUUAAAUCCUCACCUACCUCAGAACAAGACUUAGAAAUUACAUCAGUGGAAGAAGAAAGCCCUGAUGGAAGUGAAUAUAUCCACCCACCGAUGAAGCAGGAAUUGGAAGAAAAUGUAACCAGAGAACUAAAAGAAGUUGCUGCUGAAUUUGAAUCUAAAUCCUGUAUAGCUGCUCCUCUAGGAUCUAUGGAUGGGUUAACUCCAAUUCAAGCUCUACUUUUGAAGAUGUCACAGCACUAUGCACAGAUUUUGAGGAAAAAUUAUAUGAUCUGAAAGAAAUGUAAAAUGUACUUGUCUGAUGGAGGGGAAAAAGAUGGCUGGCAGAGAGAGAACUGAGGCAGAAACCACUUCCCAAAACCACAUGUAACAAAAAUACAGCAAAUACAACUAAUCCUGAAAGAGUGACCCGAAAGAAGACUGCAAGACUGCCUACAUCUGGGGAAAAGAGAAGACCUCACAGAAAAGGGUAAAAUAGCAAAGCCCCAACUCCACAGGACCAAGGCCUCCCCCAACCCAAGCUCACAGGUGAGAGAAAGAGAAAUGGAGCAGGGAGGGAGGAGAAGCCCAGGACCACUAAACUCACACCCCUGGAGAUUGGCUCUGGGAGCAGGAACCCACAUUACAUGGUACUCUGUUGGAGAUUAGAGAGGUUGGAAAGCAAAGAUGGGCAGAAUACUCGGAGAUACUGAGAUACCAGCCACUUGGGGAGAACAGGAACCGACAACUGGCCACUCCAGGACAAAGGAAAGCCAAGCACUCUUAAAGACUUCCCAACAGCAAGAUGGGUGCUAAAUGGGCAAGGAUUGCACAGACCUUGCUGCUAAGGAGAAAGGACCGAUGGACUAAAUCAUUCCUGCACACUCAGUCCAGCAGGAUAGAAACAUUCAGGACCAUCAGAUGCUCCAUCCUCCUGGCUGGCAAUGCAGUGCCUAGGCAGACCACUGUGAUAGGCAGCUUGCCGCUCAUUCCUCCCAGCAGGCACAAGUCUGCACACCUGAUGCCACGACUGCACUGGGUCAGCCAGAGGGCAGCCCCACCUAGGGUACCUACAGGGGCAUAACACAGAGAGGUUCCUCCCUCCAUGCUCAGCCCACUGGACCUGGCAGUGGAUGCAGGCACCACAGCCAGGAAGCAUGAAAGAGCUUUUUGCCCCUGACAGGAGUGACCACUAUGUACCUGCGACCCUGCCAUCGCUCCAAAUACGGGGUAGAUCCAGGGAGCAGAGCUUCUGGGCACUACAGGGUGCCACCUUC